UUUUCUACAGAAAAUCAACUUCGCAGUACCAGGCCUUUACUGAACUGAGACUGAAAGUAACAGGAAGAGACUUUAAGAGAAGAGAUAUCUGGACAUCAUGGGCAGACAGAAUCUGACAGUGCCAGCCACCAUCAUUCUGAGAGCGGUCUCCAGCCUGCCUGAGCUGCAGCUCCCACUCUUCUUUAUCUUCCUCGUCAUCUAUGGUCUCACAGCAGUGGGCAACCUGGGCAUGAUCAUUCUGACCAAGCUGGAUUCCCACUUACACACACCAAUGUAUUUUUUUAUCAGGCACCUGGCUUACAUGGAUCUGGGUGAUGCCACGGCCAUUUAUCCCAAAAUGCUGCUACAUUUUGUUACAGGUGAAAAUACCAUUUCCAGUCAUGCAUGUGCUUUACAGAUGGCCUUAUUCGUGGUGUUCAUUGUCAGUGAACUUUUUAUCUUGCCCACCAUGGCCUAUGACCGCUACGUGGCCAUCUGCAACCCUCUGCUCUACAGCACUAUCAUGUCUCCGAGUCUUUGCCAUGUGCUGGUGGGCAUUCCCUACCUCUGCUGUACCAUGCAGGCUCUGCUCUUCAUGAGUCAGAUUUUUACAUCGACUUUCUGUAGUAAUAUCCUCAGCCAUUUCUACUGUGAUAAUAUUUCUGUUUCUUUUAUGCUGUGUUCAAAUGGACCCGAUAUAGCUUCAUUGAUCAACCAUUUUGCAAUAUUCAAUGUGACAUCCACACUUCUCGCAGUACUAUUACCCUACCUUAUGAUUGUCUUAGCCAUAUGUCGAAUGCGUUCUGCAGAAGGAAGGACAAAGACAUUCUCUACAUGUGCUUCUCACCUGACCGUGGUGGUCAUCUUCUGUGGGACUGUUUUCUUCAUGUACAUGCAGCCAAAAUCUUCUCAGCCCUCUGUAAUUGAUUUGCUGUCCUCUGUGUUGUAUACACUGGUGGUACCUAUGCUAUAGCAUUAGGAAUAAAGAAGUAAAAAGUGCCUUCUACAGGGUAUUCUGGAAAUCUAAAGUUUGAAUUUA